GUAGAUGGCAAGAGCUCGGCGAAUCUCAGUAUCUCAUCAAGUUCACACCUCAUGCAACGCCAAGUGCUGCCAGGGAAACAUGUCAAAGUUAUGGCGGUGAUUUGGCUAUCAUCAAGACAGCCGAAGUCAACACAUUUCUCAAAGAGCUACUACCUCCAUGUGCAUCGUGUCGUUUAUAUUUCUGUUACUGGUUCGGGCUUCGGAGGAGUAGCGAUGGAGAUUUUACCUGGCUGGAUGGUACUACACUCGAGUACAUGUAUACUGAUUGGUACAGGGGCGAAGAACCCAAUGAGGCUGACUCCUGGGGUUGUCUUGGUACGCGUGGCAGCCCUUCAUGGUAUGGCAAGGAUCCACGGCUAUCUUCACCGUACAUUUGUGAGCGUACACGAGUAUUUGAUGGAAGCAGUGAAGUAUCAUUUGGAGGUCUAGAUUAUUUCAUCUCUCCGUCAUGGCUGGCUCGGUCUUUCUCAGAUGCACGGACCUAUUGUCAGAAUCAUGGGGCGGAUUUGGCACUCAUCAAAUCACACGAUAUCAACACCUUUCUUCAUGUCAGGAGUUCAGAAUAUUCGGGAUUAAGUUCCUAUGUAUUUUUUGGUUUGACUGAUCAAGCAAUUGAAGGCACAUUUACUUGGAUCGACGGAACACCUUUACAGUAUUCUUCAUGGAAGUAUCCUGAACCCAACGGCGGAAAUAAUGAAAAUUGUGCCUCUCUACAACCUUCUAAUUCAAACAUGGGGUGGGUUGAUGUUUCAUGCAAUCUCAAACGACCCUUCAUAUGUGAACGCUAUCAGGAUGUUCCUGAAAAUGAGUGGAGUCGCCUUGAUGGAACCCUGUACUAUAUCUCACAAUCCUCAAUGACGUCAUACUCGUUUGCUAGAAGGUUCUGCCAGGCUCAAGGAGGUGAUCUUGCCCAGCCUAAAACAGAAGAAAUCAAUCUGCAUCUCAUGACGCUGGCUGAAGGUAACUCGUAUUGGUUUGGACUCGAUGAUAUCAAUCAAACGGGCACGUUCCAAUGGAUUGAUGGCACUCCACUCGAUAACAAUGGAUUUCCUGCUUGGUCGAAUGGUGAUGCGUUUCUAUUUGAGAGCGAAAGAUGUGUUCAUCAGAAGGUUAAUAAUGGAUGGAGAAAACUACCAUGUACAUCGUAUCUCAGGUUCGCAUGUGAAAAACCUCCGAGUCCGCGACCUAUUCUUCCGGUACGUCUAGUGGCAGCUACGUCAUCCCCCUUCGGAGGAGAUCUGCCGAAUGCUUCAUUUCUCUGUCUACUCGGAUCAGAGAAUGAAAAGAUUCUCACAUUGUCCACCAGAAGACUCGUCCGUCUGACCGAGAAUAUAACUCCCGAUAGUUACACAGCUCCAGGGAACAGCACUAAUGUAUCAUCUGUAGUGUUAAGGCAGACUCUCCCAACUACUAAGAAUGGCUCGGGAUUUUUCGAAUGUUCAUCGGUGACAGCCAGUAGAAUGACAUCUGUUCCUCUUGGCAUUCUUCUCUCUUCCCGCGAGUUGCAACCGAUUGAUGGUCGGUUUACAAAGACAAUAUAUAUUGGAGAUACUAUCACACUCAGUGUGAUGAGCACGACAGGAAUGGUAGGCGAAGACGGGAUAAGAUGGCGGAAAUUCACUGAUGUAGACUGGGCUAACAUUGGAAUGAGUUCUGGCAGUCUAUCACACACAAUUCAAUCUGUAUCUGUCUCAGACGCCGGUGUGUAUGUGACGUAUAAGCAUGGAACGUUGGAACACCAUCAAUUCAGCCUCAUAAGACUCAUCGUAAAAGAAUGCCCUUAUGGAAGAUGGAAUCCACCAUUAUGCGAUCGUUUGUGCGAUAGUUGUUAUAAUGGAGGUGUAUGCCACGAACUCUCAGGAACAUGCAUUUGUCCUCCUGGCCAUGCUGGAAAGAACUGCCUCCAAGCGUGUGGGAUGCACAGGUUUGGCUGGGACUGUGAGUUUGAAUGUGGACCCGGUCAGCCUCUGGACAAGUGUGCUGGAAGUCAGAUCUGUCUACCUGAUCCUUAUGGAUGUACCUGUUUAGCUGGAUAUACAGGAAUCUACUGCAAUGAAACAUGUGUAGAUGGUAUGUUUGGAGCUGAUUGUCUUCAAGAAUGUCACUGUACUGAUGGAGUUGAGUGUGAUGACGUCACUGGAGGAUGUUCUGGAGAUUGCUCGCAAGAAUGGUCUGGACCAGCAUGUCAAGUUCCUUCUGUUUGCCCACACGGAUACUUCGGGUCUAACUGUACACAGAAAUGCAAUUGCAUGAAUGGCACAGCAUGCCUUAAAGAUUCUGGAUACUGUGACGAGGUUGAAGGGCGAUGCGACUUGGGAUAUGUUUCUGACUCUGUCGAGUUCCCGGCCAAUUGUAUGACAUUUUCAGGAUGUUUCAGCUCUUGUUCGAAGACAUGCCAUUGUUCUGGUGGUGCCGAGGAUUGUAACUUUCUGACUGGUAAUUGUUCUUCAUCCACCUGUCAUCCAAGAUGGACCGGGGAUAAAUGCCAAACAGAUCGAUUUGAGACGAGCUUGGAAAAGACCAAUCCAGGAGUGGCGAUCUUCUCCUGUUCCUUCACAGCGUCACCAGAACAACAUCUUUCCUCUGAAUAUGUAAAGGCAGCUGUAGGAACGCUCUGGAUAACUCUCAAUAUGUCUGAUACUUUAGGAACAACCCUCAAUAAUUCUUUCAUUCACUUGUAUACGGGGACAGAAGAACCCAUUUACUGCUUCAUCGGGGUGCCUGAGAAUUUCUCAGAGUUUGCUUUCGUAAGGCUUCCUCCAAGAGUUUUCUUUGUUUUACCAAGUUUUAAUGGAGAACCAGAACUACUUGAAAGUGGAUACUUCCACGCAGCCUUCAGUUGGAGACAAUGGGACCCUAGGUCUGAUACCGGGGACGGACCUAUUGUUGGAUACAAGAUCUACGUGCGAUCAGGUAGAAAUGUCGUGUUGGCUAAAGAAGUACAACCUCCAAGCAUGGUGAACAAAACGGACCGUUCCGUAUCGAAGAGGUCUGCUGAGAAUGCUACUGAGAUGGUCAUGUAUAACGCCAGUGGACUUGAACCAGGAUCUACGUACUCUGUUCAGAUUGCAGCGAUACGAGAUGGUAUCAAAGGUGAAGGAGAACAAGGACCAGUAUUGACAAUUACAACAAGAAGUCUUCCUGUUCCAUCGACUACACCGAGUCCAUCAACCGUUUCGACUGCAGUAAUGACUGGACUAGGUGUUGGUGGUGUAAGUGGCGGUUCUAUAGCACCGGCAGCUGGGGGAGCCGUGGGCGCCAUUUUGAUCAUUUUGAUUAUCAUCAUUGUAGUCAUCAUCGUGUUCAAACGACGAAGAAAUGAUAAUCCAUCUAAAAUAGAAAACAUCGAGGACCGAUUUCAGGCAUCAGCUGAUUUCCAAGACACUUCAUUAGAAGAAAAUGAUUACUGUGGUGGGCAUGCAAGGAGCACAAGACCUAAACCAGCUGUAGCAGUCAAGAAGCCUCUUUUACAGGAAACUAAAUGCUUAGACCUUGAUUCCACCGAGGGAUCUCCUGGCAGAUCUAGCAACAAACCUCUUGGCAAACGUCAACCGAUACCCGUGGCUCAGUUUCCUGCGUUUAUCGAAAACAACAGACACAGUGCGCUCUUCUCCGGGGAAUUUCAUGACUUACCUGGCCCAGACAUCUAUCCUCAGACCGUGGCUCAAAAGGAGAUCAACCUCAAGAAAAACAGAUACAAGAAUAUCUUACCAUAUGAUUCGGCGAGGGUGAAGUUAGAAGUAAUCGACGAUAUCCCUCAUUCCGAUUACUUUAACGCUUCUUACAUUCCCAGUUUUGACAAUGACAAGGCUUACAUUGCAUCACAAGGACCCAACAUUGCGUCUAUGGAUGAUUUCUGGAGGAUGGUCUGGCAGGAAAAUGUGACGACUAUUGCCAUGGUAACGAAGCUCAAGGAAGGAGAUAAGAUCAAAUGCCGCCAAUAUUGGCCUAAUCGACAAGGCGAUUCGGUGAAGAAUGGAAAUAUCAAAGUGGAACUGGUUUCCCUGGAUGCAUGCACAGGUGGAAUUAAACGGACAAUGAAGAUGAUAAAGGGUGACGACUAUAGGACCGUCACUCAGUUCCACUUCACAGAGUGGCCUGACAAGGGUGUUCCUAAGCACACCUCAUCACUGCUCAAGUUCAUCAAGGAAGUCAAAGCUGAUCAUGGACAGUUCACUCAUCCUCUGAUCAUUCAUUGCAGUGCUGGUGUUGGGCGAACAGGCGUGGUGAUCAGUAUCGAUAGCGUCGUAGCUCACGCCAAAACAACUAGAAUGGUAGAUGUCUUCAACUUCGUGACGAACAUCAGACAGAAGCGACCAUUCAUGGUCCAAACACAGGAGCAGUAUGCCUUCAUCUAUGGGGCUGUCCUUGAGGAUCUUCUCUGGAGGAAUACCCUGAUCCCUGUCGUUCAUUUCACUGAUCAUCUACAAGACUUACACUCUUCAGGCGAUGGACGUGGACGGUCCAAGAUGACCAAGGAGUUCCAGGUAACACAUCCCAAUCUUCAUCAGAAGUUGAUCAUUAAUGAAUGUCUGGUGACAACCUUGAAGAGCCUCUGUCCCGAUCCUCCCGCUUCUCAUACAAGAUCAGGACGGACUCCAGAUAAUCAACCAAAGAAUAGAUACGGGAACAACCUACCAUGGAUGUCACUAGAAUUGGGUGAACUCAACAGACCACCCCUUUCAUCUCCCCUCAGUCUAAGACUGUUCCUCCCCUCAUUGAAAAUCUUCUGCCCGCCCCUACCCCACUCUUAA